UGCUUAUCACAAUUUCUACCGUUGAAGUUGAAGAGACCUUCGGCUCCAUUUAUUCUUAAGUCUGAGCACUGUCAGUAUCAAUUUUAUCUUCCAAAAACGCAGAAAAUCUGCGCUGGAAAACAACCUCAACUCCAAUUCUUCAUCUUCCUUCACUUUUGGCUUCCAUGCGGAGUACAUGGUAGCUGCUAAUAUGGCUAUAUUCAACUUUCUCCAACUUCUUUCUCUCGUUUUGAUAAUGGUGGGUGCACAGUUAUGCCUAGCAGAAUCAUCGCUUGUAGUUCAUUUUAGUCGUACUCCACCAACUCUGACCAGGUCCUCCAACGCCGUUUUCCAGUACUUGGUUAAGAGGUUGGAUGGUACCAAUGCUUGUAAGAGAAAUACUUGUUUAUUUUCCUGUGAGCUUGAUGGCAAGGCUUUUCCUUGCGGAGCUAAUGGCAUUGUGUUGAAGAACUUAACUAUAAAUGAUGAGCAUAACUUUCUUCUCAAUGUUACUACAAACAAGGGAGAAAGAAGUUCAUCAACUUACUCAUGGUUUAUAGACAGAAUAGCCCCAACAGCAAUCAUCUCUAGUGAACAGACAUAUACAAAUGCCAAGAGGGUAUCAGUUGAUAUCACAUUCAGCGAACCAUGCACUGGACUGGGCGGAUUUAAUUGUCUAAACUCAUCAAACUGUGAUGUCUCCGUAACUGGUCCUGCAUAUGUGCGUGCUUCUUCUCUGCAAAUGAUUAGACCAGGCACUCACUAUAGUCUUGAAGUGAUUCUCUCCUCAAAAAGUGCAUAUGGGCGUGCAGUAAUCCAAUUGGCAGAUAAUAUUUGUGCGGAUCAAGCUGGAAACAGGUUCAAUAGAACCAAUAGUUCUUCCUUGACCAUUCACUUCGAUAGAAGACCAGUUACAGUAGAUAUCUGGACUUCAGUUCCAUCAUAUGAGUUGGUAAUUAACAAAGUCCCAAGAACAGUGAUUGCAACUAGCAAAACAGAAGACCUGAUAAUUUUCUUGGACUUCAGCACUCCCUUAAGGAAUUCAACUAAGCAGAUUCUCAACACAUUACGAGUCAAUUCUGGUACCUUAGUUCCUUUCCACGUCAGACAAAAUGAGACCCGUCGUUUUGCUUUUAAACUCAAGAACAUCUCAGGAACUGAGAUCAUCACGGCUGAAUUACUAGCUUCUUCAAUAUUUGGCAGGACAGGCACUCCCGUCUCACCUGUUUCUCCUAUUACAUUCCUUUAUGAUUCAAUGAAACCUGGUGUUACACUACGGACCAGCUCACAAAGUGUGACAAAGGAAUCUCACAUCAACAUAAUUGUUGAGUUCACAAAGCCAGUCUUUGGCUUUGAGGCCACUAUGGUAGAAGUAAUGGGAGGAAGACUAAUCAGGUUAAAGGAACUAUCAAGAGCUCUAUACUCGUUGUCUGUCCAAGCAGUAACUCAAACGGUGGUGUCAGUUACCGUUCCUGCAGGGAAGGUAACUGAUAUUUCAGGAAACGAAAAUAUGGCAUCUAACCAAAUUGAAGUAAAGCAUUAUUCCAUUCCUGCAACGUCCAUUGCAUCACAUUCAUUUGUGAGCGCUGGGACAAUUGCUACGUCACUUGUGGCUGCUAUAUUUUCACUGUCCUCUGCAAAUCUAGAAGCAAUAAGCAUGCUUGCUUCAGGAGGUACAAAAUGUGCUGCUUCCAGUCCAUCAACGAAUCUACAUGGACUAAUAGGACACCUACAGAUCUUUGCCCUCUCGGGCUGGUUUUCGGUUAACCAACCUGUUGAAUAUUAUGAAACAACAAGAGGUCUCCGGUGGCUCAUACCACAUCACAAGCUUCCUUGGAAAGAUGUUGGUUCUUCAACCUCAGACAACAAAGGUUUUCCAGAGGAAGAAAAAUUUGUUAGUAUAACUGAUGACUGGUUUGUGGGGGCCAAGUCCCAUAACAGGGAUGGCCAUCAAGAUGACCUGAACACCUCUUCAUACGCUGAACAUGUAGCCGCACUUUCAAGUGAGAACAAUUCAAAACUUGGCUGGCUUCCCCGUCAGUACAACUUAAGCAUAAAAAGUACAUCCUUUGGUCAACCCCUCAGUUCUGCUGAAUAUUUUAGUUAUUUCUUGAGAGGAGAACCGAUGUCAGCGAGCAACGUCAUCAAGAAACUGGGGAAUUACAACGGGUGGCUGGACUUGGAGAAGAACUUGUUCUGGCUCGGAGUGGGAGGAGGCAGUUUAGUUUUAAUUCAUGUUUCCAUCGUAUUAUUCUUGAGAUGGAGGACCGGAAUAUCACCUCAAGGCAGCCUAUCAGUUCCUAGGUUUGAGCUCCUUCUUCUGAUUCUCAUGCUGCCAUGCAUUUCUCAGUCUUCAACGUUCGUAAUAAAAGGUGGCACAGCCCGGGGAAUUAUAACGGGGGCUUUAUUGUUAGCAAUUCCUGUAGCAUUCGUCCUGUCAGUAUCCCUCUUUCAUUUUAUUGCAAUUUUCUCUGGGAAUUUUGUCCAGUAUAAAGAAGUCAGACAAUUAGUAAACGAAGAAACAUGGAGCAGGAGGUUCUGGUUCUUCUUUACUGGCAGGUCAACAAAUGGAAAGUGGUUUUACGAGGAAGGACUGCCUUCAUCAUUCCUCCCAAGAUUUGGGAUUCUUUUCGACAAUUGUAAGGGUUGUCCGGUCCCUGUUUUUGUUGAUCAAGUUGAUUCAAACACCCACGUGAAGUGGGCUAAAAAAGGUCAAAGUGGGAUUGGAAGAAUGAAGGCAGUCAGCUCGGAUGGCAGCAAUAAAGAAAUCAAGACUCCAUUGUCCAAGAAGGUUUUGGGCCAGGCAAGGUCAUUUUAUAUCGUUCUUGAUCUAUUAAGAAGGGUUGCUUUGGGAAUCAUAUCUGUUGCCUACUCAUCAGAGAGAUCAAGUAAAAGUCUGCUUGCAUUGAUAAUCACAGCAGUACAGUUCAUUUAUCUUUUUACCUUCAAACCAUACAUAAGGAGGAGUGUCCAAGUAGCGGAAAGUGUUGCCCUCUUGUGUGAGGGAGGUGUGUUUGCCAUAUUCAUCUUUCAGAAUAACUCGAACCUGAUUGAAGCCAAGACAUGGGGAUUGGUUCUGUUGAUUCUUCUUCUGGCUUCUUUUAUUGCUCAGCUUAUCAACCAAUGGUAUACUAUGAUAACAUCACUGUCCAGAUUCUCACAGCCUCACAAGAAUUCUUUUAGGCAUGGAAUAAAGUUUGCUGCCAAAGGAGUUAUCUUGCCUUUCCUUCCCAAGCAUCAUUGGUGUAGAUUUAUACAUUCGUCUUCCCAACCAAAUGCAGAGAUACUUCCAGUAAAUCCUCUUCGUUCAGAAACAGAAUUCGAAAGAGGAAAUAGAACAGGAUAUAUGGAUCCAACCAGUGCCAUGACUGCUACUAUAGUCCCUGUGCUCAGUUCAGGUACACCAAGCCCCAAUCUUAUUGAAACAACAGAUCAGAGGCCAGAGAUAGAUAUCAAUGAACAUAUAGAAGUGGAAGGUAAAUGGCUAAAAGGACACAAGGCUGGGCCAAGAAAUGAGCUAAAGAUGUUAAGGGAGCUGGCAAAAGCUAGUUUUUCUGGGAAUUCCCGAGUUGAUGAAGCCAGUACCAGCUACAGCUGGAAGAAAUAACUCCCCAGUUAAGCAAAGAUGCAGAUCCUAACUCAAUUUUUUUCUUCCCGGAAAAAAUUUCAAUUUCCAAUUCUUCAAUUAUCUCUGUAUAUCUUCUCUUGUUUGUUGAUGAUCAAAUGACAGCUCUGAUCUAAUUUCGUGAGAAGCCAGUUGAACUAAAUUUAUCUAGUGCU